AUGGAGAAAUCGGAAGAAAAUUCUAAAAUUUAUUCGGACAUGUUAAAUGUUGUAGACACAAUUACAAAGAAAUACCCAGAGUGCAAAAUUAUCUUGUCCUCAAUUCUCCCAAGAAUGGAUGAUCACCAUAAUCGUAUAAAUGAAAUCAAUAAGAAAAUCAAAGAGGAAUGUUCAAAGAAACCCAACGUCUACUUUGUCGCCCAUAAUGAUAUUUUUCCAUCCUACCACCACUUGUAUGACAAGAAACAUUUAAAUGAAAUAGGCGUUAGAGUUUUUGCCAAGAAUCUUAAGACCGCCUACUUCUAUGCAAAAAAUGGCACAACAAGAGCAUCUAAAACAAGACAAACACAUGCACGAGAAUCAAACCAAGGGCACAUGUUAACACCAUCAAAUCACGAACUAAAUAUCCAUUUCCGUCCUCAUGAACAUAAAACUCAUUCAAAGGGUCUAUCUUCCCCUGGUUUUACACCUCCUACUGGAUUUAUACCUCCCCUUGCUUUUAUACCUCCCCCUAACCAUAUGCAACCCCACAGUUCCACAUCUCCCCCAAGAAAUAUCCCUCCUGGCUUUAUUCCUCAUCCUGUGCUCUUUCCUCCACCUAUCUUCCAACACCCUGGCCACAUACCCCCUAGUUCCAUACCUCCUCCUGGCCCCAUACCUCCCCCUGGCUGUAUACCUCCUACCUUCCCACCUUAUACAUUGAAAUCCCAACACAAGUUACCUUCUACACCAAGCAAUAUACCUUAUUCAAACCAGAAACCCUCCCCGAAUACUCUACCACACCCAGUUCCGAAGAAAGCAACACCAGAAAGAUUAACCAAUGACCAUUCCAAAAUACCAUCGCACUUCAUUGAACUAAUUAAACUACUUCAUGGGUAUGUGUGCUAA